AUGUCUCUUCCUGGAUUAGAGCUAGCUGAAGCAUCAGUCGAGAGUCAAUACGCCGCGCCUCCGCCCACACAGGUUGUUUUGCGCCCUGGGUCUGAAUGGAGAUUUGAGAUUGCUUUUGGGCUUACGAUUCAGGUCAAGCUACUUACCGGCACCGCAGAGCUGUUCGGAACCGAGCUCGCACAGUCCCAGAGUUACACGUUUUCAGGCACAAAAGCCGCGAUAUAUACCUGGCAUGGAUGCACGUUAGAGGUUAGCGCUGGCGAAGGGGUUGCCCUCCCCAACGGCUUUGCGCCGGGCGGAGUGUCGACAGAAGGAGGAGGAGGAGGAGGAGCUCGAGGGUACGGCGCCGGCGGUUGCCAGAGUGAAUAUGUCGCCGAAGAAACACCGAUGGUCGAAUACGCCAACAUACAUUUCGCGCUUGAGACAAUGAGGCAGGAAGCUCAGGACGGAGGAGGUCGAGACGGACCGCGAGUGUUGAUCCUGGGGCCUGAAAGUGCUGGCAAGACCAGCUUGGCCAAAAUCCUCACGGGAUACGCAACAAAAGUCGACCGGCAGCCUGUUGUUGUCAACUUGAAUCCGGCAGAGGGGAUGCUCAGUGUUCCUGGCACACUGACCGCGACGGCGUUUCGCUCUAUGAUCGAUAUUGAAGAAGGAUGGGGUAAUAGUCCAAUGUCUGGACCGAGUCCUGUGCCUGUGAAGCUACCUCUAGUCUACUUCUACCCCAUGAAGAGUCCCAUGGAUGGGGAAGGGGGUGUUUUUAAAUCAAUUGUCUCGAGACUCGCGCUAUCUGUGACUGCGCGCAUGGCCGAAGACGACGAUGCCCGAGAGGCUGGUGUCAUUGUUGACACUGCCGGGAUUCUGGGCCAGGGCACUCCCACGGCCUUGGAGCUGAUCCAUCACAUUAUCACAGAGUUUUCCAUAUCCACCAUUCUCGUCAUGGGAUCCGAGCGUCUAUACAGCACCAUGGUGAAAAACUACGAACAAAAACCAACAUCCAGCGCAUCCGCCGCGCACUCGGACGAGCGCAUCACGGUAGUAAAACUGUCCAAAUCCGGCGGGUGCGUGGACCGCGACGAAGCAUUCAUGAAAGCCAUCAACGACUCCCAGAUCCGUUCUUACUUUUUUGGCAACGCCGCCAUGGCGACAACAGCAAGUGCAGCAGCUGCAUCAACGAUGGCCCUGCCGUCAAUAUCUUCCAGCUCGAAAAUCACCCUUUCGCCGCAUACCCAGCAGCUCGAUUUUGACUUGUUGGCGCUGUACAACUACACCAUUUCCAGCUCAUCGCUGGACGAGGAUGAUGAGGACGAGUACGAUCCUUCGCAAUUCACUACAGGAGAUUCAUACCUCCCCGGCGGUAUCGACCCUUCAGACUACACGCCAUCUCAAACAACAACUACAACAGAACCCUCCCAAACCACCACAGUCACAACCACCAGCUACGACCCAGCCGCAACGACAUCAUCUACCCUAGAAACUCCCCCACUCAAAAAACUCACCCCGCCACUCACCCUAGCCCUCUCAAACACGCUCAUUGCAAUCACAUACGCUCCGACAAAUGCUCCACUGAAAGAUAUCCAGGAUUCGAGUAUCAUGGGCUUUGUGUACGUUAGUGAUGUCGAUGUGGAGAAGAAGAAAUUACGUGUGCUGGCCCCCGUCGGUGGGAGGAUGCCUGCAAAGGCGCUGAUUUGGGGCAAGAAGUGGCCUGGUGAAGUUGUAGGGUUGGUUGGUUAG